AUGUCAGAUCCUUCACGGGUCCGGCCCGGUCACUUGGACCUAGGUUAUCGGUCUCUUCCGAUCCUUGCAGGAUACCUCAUUCUAGCAGCGUCCUUGGCCGCCAAUGCGUGCCGGAUAAUCUACGUUCGCUAUCACGCCCGACGGAAGCAAAAUGACUGGGAUCGGUCUCAUGGUCAUGCCCAAUUCCUUCUCUUCGCCCUUCUCGCGGCCCUGAGUUUGGGCGCCACCUGGUAUUACAUGUUUGCGUUCUUUGCGCACUCGUAUCGCAACUGGGCAGCAAGCCAAACGUUGAUCGAUCUGGCCGAUGCUCAGGUCAACAUGCUGACCAAGUUGGAGCUCUGGCUACAGAAUGCAAAACUCUUCCGUGAAGCUUGGGAGACCGUCAUUGAGACCCCUGCGCGAUUCUGGUGGAGCGGUCAGAUCUUCCUGUGGACUACUGGGUGGAGUGUCUUUCUUGGUGUCAUGGCUCGGAGAUUCGCAAUUCCCCAUGUCUGGGCGUACAUGCUUCUGGGCCAAAUUGUUGCCAUUUCCUUUGCACAGAAUCUGUUCUUCGCCACCAUUCUGGUCUCCAGACGACCCGUUCCAGCGAACGUAGGAGGUCAAAAGGCCGGCCAAAUCCCGAAGCAAGACUCUACAGUCGUCUGGUCACCUCCGUUGUAUCUGGAGAUUCUGCCCGUGGCGAUCUCUCUCAUCAGUACCGUCCUGGUUCCGACCGUUGCACAUACCCGGUACUUCAUGUUGCUUUUGCUGAUCCCCCACCUUUUGCUGUUUGUUCCUGCGGUCUUGCGGCCGGGUCAGUCAUGGAACACAAAGGCGCAGUCCAAGGAGGGAAGCGCAGAGACAGUCUCCCAGCGAUACUCGAGUUUCUUCAGAUGGUACACGAUGGCGUGCGUAGCCAUCCAAGCGCAUUCCACAUUUGUGGUACUCCAAGACAUGGGGUUGGCAAUGGAUAUUCAUUCCCUGAAGACAUUCGUGUGCAGUAUUCCCGGCGUGAUCUACGAGCACCCAGCUGUCAGCAGUGUGAGCUGGGAUGUGAUAUUCUGCACUGUCACGGCGAUAGCUUGGAUCGUUGUGAAUGGCGGAGGCUCUCGACGGAUGCUCGGGCAAUGA